AUGAUUCCAGGACUCUUUAACAUCAUCUUGAGAGCCGCCGAGCUCGCCUUCGCCGCCGUCGUGGCUGGUAUCACGGGUUGGGUGCUCCACAAGUCCAACGACUACACGCCCGGCCUCGGUCGCUUCAUCUACACCGAAGUUAUCGCCGCCCUUUCCAUCAUCACCGCCUUCAUCUUCUUGAUUCCCUUCUCGAGCAGCUUCAUCCACUACCCCUGGGACUUCUUCCUGUCCGUUUGCUGGUUUGUCUCGUUUGGUCUCCUCGUUCAUUUCAUCGGCGACAGCUGUGGCUACAUCUUCAACUGGAACAAUGUCGCCCCCGAGGGAGACAUGUGCGGCAAGUUCAAGGCCAACAUCGCCUUCUCCUUCAUCCUCGCCAUCUGCUUCCUUGUCUCCGCCUUUGUCGGCAUCUGGUGGAACCGCCGCCGCGAGCGCCGCGCUGCCGUCGCUGCCGCUCCUCCCCGCCGUGCCUGGUACCGCCGCCACCACCGCGUCUAA